GGCGGGGUAACUGGCGAGGUGGGCGGGAGUAGCGCUGACUGGAGCCGGCUUCGCGGGAAAUGGCGGCUGAAUGCGACUGCGGCUCCGUGUUUCGAAUGCAGCUGCCGGCUUGAAAACAAAACAAUAUAUAAAUAGAACGGAAUAAAUCAACAAAAAUGUGCAAAGGCUCGAGGAAAAAAUGCAGCGCGCAACGGCGUUAAAAUAGGGUUCCUAAAAAAAAUUAAAGGGCACAAAAUUUUAAAAUUUUCCUGAUUUAAUUUCAACUGCCGGUGAAGGAGACGAAGAACCGGCGGCCGGCAUGGAGGCCGCGGACGAGGUGGAGGCACUGCGGGCCGAGGUGACCCGGCUGAGCCGCGAGCUGGCCGAGGCGAGCCGAGAGAAGGUGCAGGCUGCCGAGUACGGGCUCGCCGUGCUGGAGGAGCGGCAGGCGGUGCAGGCGCGGUACGACGAGCUGGAGGCCGAGCACGAAGCCAUCAGACACGAGCUGCUGCACCUGCAGGAGGCAUUUGGGCAGGUGUGCACGAAGCAGCGGCGCGUGGCGGAGGACGGGGAGAGCCGCGAGGAGAGCCUGCUGCGGGAGAACGCCUCCAACGAGGCGGCGCACCAUGCGCAGGCGCUGGAGAUGAGCUCCGAGCUCAAGGCUAACCGCGCGGCGCUCUCCAACACGCUGAGCGAGAACGAGCGCCUCGCCGCCGUGUUCGUCGAGCAGCGAGAGAACAUCGAGAUUCUGGAGCUGCAACGCUCGCGCCUGCGCGACGAGAUCAAGGAGUACAAGUUCCGCGAGGCGCGGCUCUUGCAGGACUACACCGAGCUGGAGGAGGAGAACAUCUCGCUGCAGAAGCAGGUCUCCACGCUCAAGGAGAACCAGGUGGAGUUUGAGAGCGUCAAGCACGAAAUAAAGCGUCUGGAGGAGGAGGUGGAGUUCCUACAGAGCCAGCUGGAGGAGUCUUUGCGUCUCAAGGAGAUCGGCGAGCGCCAACUGGAGGAAGCCCUGGACGCGCUCAAGACGGAGCGGGAGCAGAAGAACGCGCUGCGCAAGGAGCUUGCCGCCAAGGGCCACGGCACCGGCGAGUCGCUCUAUGCCGCCCCCGGCGGGCCCGGCGCCGCCGCUGCCGCCGUUGCCGCCGCGGUGGCGCACCUGAGCAAUAUCUCGCUGGACGGCCUCAAGCUCGGAGACGAGAGCAACGGCUCGUCGACUCUGGAUUCCAGCGCCGGCAGCGAGGAGCUGGCCAGCAACGGGCAGUCGCACAAGCUGAACGGCGACUACGGCAAGGCGAUGUACCGCAAGGCGCCGGGCCUCGUGUCGGACCUGCUCAGCGAGCUCAACAUCUCCGAGGUGCAGAAGCUCAAGCAGCAGCUCAUGCAGGUGGAGCGGGAGAAGGCGGCGCUGCUCGUCACGUUGCAGGAAGCGCAGCGGCAGCUGGACCACAUGAAGGGGGCGCUGUCAGAGCAGCGCGAGCGCAUCGCGCGCCUCUCCGAGCACUUGGGCACCAUGAAGCAGCUGCAGGCACGGGCGCAGCGUGGGCGUGAGCCGUCGCAAUCUGGAGCCACCAAGGACGAGCGGGAUGGAGCCGUGGAGGAAGGCGAUGGAUACUACGAGGUGGACAUUAACGGGCCAGAGAUCCUGGAGUGCAAGUACCAGGUUGCGGUUAUGGAGGUCAGCGACCUGCGCAGUGAGCUCAAGGUGACGAGAGAGCAGUGCACGGAGGUGAAGGAGCGCUGCGUCGAGGACAAGGCCAAGUUCGAGGCGGAGCUGGAGCUGCUGAGCGAGCAGACGACGUCGCUUAAGGAGGCGAACCGAGCGAGCGGAGAGAAGAUCUCCGCCCUGGAGAAGGAGCUCAAGCGCGCAACCAAGACAGCGACGGAGAGCCAGGGCGGCCUUAAUGUGGCACAGGAGGAACUGCUGUCGCUCAGCGAGGAGCUGGCGACGCUCUACCACCACGUGUGCAUGUGCAACAACGAGACGCCCAACCGCGUCACGCUCGACUUCCACCGGCAGAGCCGCGGCUCGCGCGGCGGCGGCGGCGGCGGCGCCGGCAGCGGAUCGGCGGCGGCGGCGACCGCCACCAAGAUGGCACGCAUAACACGCAUGCUCUUAGCAAUCCAACACCUCCGUAGACUUCAGAGCCAGUCCGGGGCCACAGGAGCCGCUCCCGAGCUGGCACGCGUAACGCACAACACGGCACUGACUAACUCCCCUCCCACCCCCCCGCACGCACGCACGCACGCACCUGCACGUCACUCGCUCACUCGCUCGCGCACUCACUCGCUUAGUCGCUCACUCACGGGCCACGCAGUGUCCGGCCCUGCACUCGCUUUCUGCGUGUGUGUGUGUGUAUCACUGCCUACAUCUCUCUUGGCUUGCCUUUCUUCUCGUGCUGUUUAUGCAUUGGGUUUGUUUACUGGAAGUGCACUGGGGGAAUUGGCGCCGCACCGUCUCAACGAACGAUUGACCCCAUGCUUUAAAUUUCCAACAGCAGUUGCCGCACCAGGGACCACCGCUGAUUGCGCGUGUGCGACAUCUCCGCUAUGCCCUCCCGCCCCCUGCCAGGCCGCCGACGGCAAGUGCUCACCGCUGCUGCCUCACAAAGCGGUGAAGCCGCACGAGGGAGGAAGUGGUGGCUCGGAGCCAACUGCGGCCACACCGUCGGGUGGCAGGGAAGGAGGAAAGGGCAGCACAGCGCCGGCCGCCGCUGCUGCCGCAACCAUCGCCACGCCGUGCUGCCCCGUGUCGGAGACGAUCGCCGAUGGGCCUGGCGUGGAGCCCCUGCGACGGGAGGCCAUGACGGUGGACAGCCUGGUGGGGAUGAUCCGCGACCAGCUGCGGCACCUGCAGCGCGCCGUGGAGCGCGCCGCCGAGCUGAGCCUGCAGCGCGCCGCCGCGCACGAGCUGGCGCCCACGUGCGACCGCGACAAGGAGGCCCUAGUCGAGGAGAUGCUCAAGCUUAAGUCGCUGCUGAGUACCAAGCGCGAGCAGAUCGCCACUCUGCGAACCGUGCUCAAGGCCAACAAGCAGACGGCGGAGGUGGCGCUGGCGAACCUGAAGAGCAAGUACGACAACGAGAAGUCGAUGGUGACGGAGACGAUGAUGAAGCUGCGCAACGAGCUGAAGGCACUCAAGGAGGACGCCGCCACCUUCUCCUCGUUACGCGCCAUGUUCGCCACGAGGUGCGACGAGUACGUGUCGCAGCUGGACGAGAUGCAGCGGCAGCUGGCGGCCGCCGAGGAUGAGAAGAAGACCCUGAACUCGCUGCUGCGCGCGGCGAUCCAGCAGAAGCUGGCGCUCACGCAGCGCCUCGAGGACCUCGAGUUUGACCACGAGCAGACACGGCGCGGGAAGCCGCGCGCCGGCGUGCGCGCCAAGGCCCCCCCCAACCCCAAAUGCAGCACAGCAGUAGAGAAGAGGCCGUCUCCCAGUAACUACAGGCCCUUGACGUGGAUCAUUCCGCCAUGGACGGCACCGCAACAUCGGUCGCCGUCGAUAAACCGCGCUGACGACGGCGCGAGCAGGGCCGCGAGCCGGCCGCUCGCCCGGCACGCGGCAGUGAGCGCGACCGGGAGACACGAGACCGCGCCAGCGAGCCUGUUGGACAGCCAGAAGCAGCUAGCCACUAGACCGAAGUGCAUCCCUCUGCACUGUCUGUCAAAACCCACACACUUGCCGUAGUCCCUGGACGAUUGCCGCCACGAGGGGCGACUCUAUCCCGCCCCCACCUCCCCCCUCCUCCGGCGACGUCAUCCUUCGAGCGUGACCCGGGCUAAUGUCACCCGCUCAAUUGCCCACUCGCUGGCUCGUCCUUCAGCCCGGUCGUGCAAACUUAACGGAGAAACUCGCAGAGUCGGUCAGUCGGUGGGAGAGUCGAAGUCGUGCCCGGCACCAGGCCGCUAUUUCGUUCCCCCCCCCCCCCCAUGUUUUAUUUUCGUCGACAAUCCCCCCCCCCCCCAAUGGAAAGACACGGACAUCACGGAUGAUAAAUUACCAAUUUAAUCAUGUCGAUUUGUACGUCAGUAAUAAUUGCAGCGACGACAAUAAUAAUCGAUGAGCACAUUUUGAGCGAGGGGAGAGAGUAACACACGCAGCGUGCCUACAUCCCGAGGCUCUCGGCGGUGGAACCGAAACGUUUCCUUGCAUGGUUUUUCCCCGGCGUCUUUUUUAAUCGCUUUAUAUGUGCACGCGCACGUGCAGAGCGGUGAGCGCGUGCGACAGGGGUCGUUGUAGUUGCGCGUGCCCCAUCUCAGCCUGUUGCCUUGGCGCUCACCGGACGGAGGCAGCGGUGAUGCUGGCGAUGUCGCCAUUGGGGUCGGCUGGCGGUGGCGUCGUGAUGCCCUAGGGCCCAAGGUGGCAGAGACGGAUCUGGAAACUUUUCAAAAAGGUGGGCGGCAGAGGGUGGAGUGGGGGGCAGUCCUAAAAUUUCAAGCUUUUUGCAUAGGUCCCUCUCGAUAAAAAAAAAAAACACAUUUGAUAAAUUUUCUCAGAUAAAUAAUCAACAAAAUGCAAAUUUUCAGGGCCUUGUGGGGGAGGAGUGGUGGCCAACCCCAACAGACCCCCGUCUGGGAUCAGCCCCUGCACGGCGGGUUACAUAGAUAACCCCCCCCCCCUAGCCGACUUGCAGCCACUUUCAGGAGGUAGAACCUUUGUGCAGUCGGUGCACCCAAUGAGGCCUGUAACCGACUGUCGUCCGUGUUGAGUGCUGUCCCCUCGCGUACGUAGGGUUUAUCCAGUCUCUGGUUUAUUCCCGCAAAGAGGAAUGCACUCCUCACAGGACGAUGUACAUCAGCCAAGCACACCAAGAAGAAUCUUCCUGCAAGAGUCUUGAGACCUGGCGAGGCUCUCCCAGAUCACAAUAGAAGCGA